GUCUCUCUCACUCUCUCUCUCCCUCUCUCUCUCUCUCUCAUUCUCAAAUUUGAGUCCGAAAGCUUAAAAACUGAAAUGGCGGCUAUGUUUUCCCUCCCUUUUCAAAAUUCUGCGAAACCCAAAUAAGAACGUUUGACGAUUGGACUCUUUUUCGUCUUCCCUCUCAAUUUGAAACCCCAGAUUUUCCAAAAGCCCUAAACAAUUAACUCCUAAAUCUGGAGGAACUCUCCCCAAAGCUGGACCUUCGACAAACUAUUCGGUUCCUGGUCAUUCUUAAUCUCUUGCGUUUCUCUAUCUGAAUUUCGGAUGGAUUUGGUUACCCACUUCCCGGAAACACUAGAAACUGAGUCCGCUCCUUUUAGAUCACUGCUUUCUCAUCAUUCGCGGGAUGGGUCUUCCGCAUCUGCUCGUGUUCCUAUUCCUGAUAUGAAAACCCUAAAUGGUUCGUUGCGGUCUUCUCGUUUUGAAGCCCUAGAUGAUCAGGGUUUGGUUCCUACUUCGCCAAUGGUAAAUGGGUCUUCAGAAUUUCCACAUGGGGAAGCCCUAGGCGAUCAUUUUCUGGGUCCGGCUUCGACUGUCAUUGAUGGGUCUUCGCCAUCUUCGCAUUCUAAAGCCCUAGCUAAUCAGUCAGGGCCGUUGGUUCCGUCUCUUUUAAAUCCGGAUGGGGCUUCUUUGCCGUUGCAGAGCGAAACCUUAGAUGGUUCUUUGAGUUCGCGGUUCUUGGCUCAGGAAGAAACCCUAGAGCAUGAAGACGAGAGCCUAAUGCUCUCUUCUUCUUUGUCGUCUUCGUCGUCGUCUUCUUCUCCGUCCCUUUUUCCUCUCAGUAAUUCACGCUGGUCUUCGCCGUGGUCUUGGAACAGAGAAACUAAACCACCAUUCUCUUCAUACCUUCCUCGGGAAAUUGAACCCACUAUGGUGGGUGCUGGGCUUGUAAAUCUAGGCAACACAUGCUUUCUUAAUGCAGUGCUCCAAUGCUUCACGCACACUGUCCCCCUUGUCCAGGGCCUUCGUUCUUGCAAUCAUGCCAUGCCUUGUCAUAGUUUUUAUGAAGGGUUCUGCGUUCUUUGCACUCUCCGAGAUCAUAUUGAGCUUUCCUUGGCUUCUUCAGGGCGGGCAAUUAUGCCUUUGAAACUUGUUGACAAUUUGAAUAAUAUUUCAUCUAGUUUGCAGAGAUACCAGCAGGAAGAUGCUCAUGAAUUCUUGCAGUGCCUGUUAGAUAGACUAGAUAGUUUUUACUUGAUGAAUCAGGAUAAAGGCUCUCAUUCUCCAGAUGAUAACUUAGUGAAACAUGUUUUUGGUGGUCAUCUCAUCAGCAAGCUUCGAUGCUGCAAUUGUGGGCAUAUUUCUGACACAUAUGAGCCCUUGAUAGAUCUGAGUUUGGAGAUUGAAGAUGUUGAUACGCUUCCUUGUGCUUUGGAAUCAUUCACCAAGGUAGAAAAGAUUGAAGAUCCUGAGAUGAAGUUUACAUGUGAUAACUGUAAGGAAGAAGUGUCAGUAGAGAAGCAGCUUUUACUGGAUCAGGUCCCUUUAGUAGCUGCUUUUCAUUUGAAGAGAUUCAAGACAGAUGGCACUUAUGUGGAGAAGAUUGAUAAGCACGUGGAGUUCCCAUUAGAAUUGGAUUUGCUGCCAUACACCAAAGGGAGGGAGGACAAUAAUGUGGAAUUGAAGUAUGAACUCUAUGCGAUUGUGGAGCAUACUGGAUUUUCAUCUACUUCCGGGCAUUACUUUUCCUACAUUCGUUCUUCACCGGAUACAUGGCACAGAUUGGAUGACUCAAAGGUUACUUCAGUUCCGGAAGAUUAUGUGCUUCAUCAAGAGGCGUACAUUUUAUUCUAUGCAAGGCAAGGUACACCCUGGUUUUCAAGUUUAAUGCAAACACAAAAGCCAUGCUUAGACCCAAAUACCUCAGGCAAUUCACCCAAGUCAGUCCUAGAUAAUGUGGACAGCAUCUCUACUUCCCUUCCUACCUUAGCAAAUGUUUACAGCCGUGAGGCCAGUGAAACUGUAGAUGCAGCAGAUGAAAUAUCUACCCAUCUUUCUGGAGGGGGAAGAGGUGAUGUAGUUCAGGUCCAUGAAGAUGGCGAUGUACCUCACAGGGUUGAUACUCCAAUGCCACUUGGGGUUACUAGUUGCUUUGAUGGAACUUUAGAUCACACUCAGAAUAUUUUUACCACUUCCCCUCUCAGAGAUCAUGAUGGAAAUCAGCAUAUCAAUGAAAACUGCAAUUCCAAAAUCCAUCCUCAAACUCCACCAAGAUCCCCAAGUCCAGAUAUAUAUGCAGAAGAGCCUCCAGAAGUGAGUUAUAAUAUUCCCCGUGGUCAUUUGAGACAGAAGAACCAAGUGGCUUGUAAAAAACCACUGAACAAAGCAUUGGAGGAUUCACGGAAAAGGGAGGCUUGUAAAUUAUGUAAGAACAUGCCUGCAUCAAGGAGUAUGAGACUUAUGGCUGCCAUGAAGGGGUCACAAAGUGAAGGUUCCUUGGGGAAGAAGAAAAGCAAGAGAAGAAUGGAAUCAUCUGCAAAUGGAGAGUCCAAUACUAGAGCUCGCCGGAAGUCCAACCCAUGUCCUGUCAUGCCUACUGUGGCAGCUGGAAAUUUUCGCUGAACGCAGGGGUGAGGGUUUUGGUUAACACACUUGGUCUGUCUUGGCCAACAUAGAUAUUAUUAGAUGUUAAAUGCAGAUUGACUUUGAUCCUCUGAAUAACAGAAUAUUUGCACUUACAAAGCUGCAAACCAGUUUUUGAGUUUCCCUGUGUCGAAGAUCAAGGUUGUAGUGCAGCUUUUUUGGGGCAAGAAAACGGUAAAUACCGUGUUACCUUAGGUUUGUUUAUACUAUGUGCAGAGUUUUGAGUAAGGUGUCAAACAAUUGUUCUUCCAUGUUUUUGGGUAACACAAAUGUUUCUUUUAGAUGGAGAAAUCUUUUGGAAGCCAACUGUAUUUACACUACAUUUUGCCUGAAAAUGGAACUUAUAAACUGAAAUGUUGGAUGAUGGAAUAAUUUUGAAAUGUCUGUUUUCCA